GCUCUGACUUUCACCUUCAACCUCUUCGAGAUGCUAUAUCCACCUCCACUUACGACCAAGCGACGCUCUCUAAACGGGAUGCCUGUCAGAUUAUGGAGCACACCACUGGAGUCGUUCUUAUGUCGGGAAGCUUCAUAGAACUUCACGGUCCUCAUCCUGCAGCCCACUCAUCCAACGAAUAGCGAUUCAAAAUCUCUCAUCCCACUGAUUAUUGAGAAACAAGGCUCACCAUGAAAGUGGCAGCCAUCCAAUCCGAACCUGCAUGGUUUAAUCUCGAAGCUGGAGUUUCCAAAGCGAUUUCCAUCGUCCAGGAAGCCGCCUUGAACGGUGCACAACUGAUCGGGUUCCCAGAAGCUUACAUUCCAGGUUACCCAAUGCGAUUAUUUUCGGAACCUUGGAAUCCUGUGUUUUUCAAGGAUUUCUUGAAGGCAUGUUUGGAUGUCAAGGGUCAGGAGUAUCAGAGGAUCUUGAGAGCUGUGAGGGAAGCUGGGAUUUGGGUGGUCUUAGGCUUCGUCGAACGAGAUGGAGAGAGCAUGUACGCUGCACAGAGUAUCAUCGAUCCGACAGGGAAGGUUGUGUUACACAGAAGAAAACUCAAAGCGACAAGUCAUGAACGUACGAUCUGGGGCGAUGGACCAGCUGAUUCGCUGAAAACGGCAGUACCAGGUCCUGAGGGUGUAAUCAUUGGAUGCUUGAACUGUUGGGAACACCUCCAACCCCUCCUCCGCUUCCACCAUUACUCCCAGGGCGUACAAAUCCACAUUGCGUCUUGGCCGUUCAACUUUGACGCUGAAUCCAUCACGGUCAAUGGGGCACCUACGCAAUUUGCCAGUGAUUUCCAAGUGACGGCGACACGGUUUGCGGCUAUGGAAGGUCCGAUGUUCGUCAUUUCGAGUACGCAGAUGAUUAGGCCGGAGAAUGCGGGUCUGUGUGGAAUCGAGGGAACGGCGCUCAACCCGAUAGUCAGUCCAUGAGUUUCCCCCGUCAUGCUACACCUACGUCUUGUGCUCAUUGUUGGGCAUCUUAGAAAGGAGGCGGUUUCGCAGCGAUAUAUGGACCUGACGGGAGGCAACUAACUCCUCAAAUCGAACCAGGAGAGGAGAGGAUUUUGUACGCUGAUAUCGACCUCGACGAUCUGCUUAUGGCGAAGUUGAGUGUCGAUCCUGUCGGGCAUUACUCCCGGCCGGAUCUACUAGCGCUUCAUCUCCCCACCCCAGCUGCAAGUCUGAACCCCUUGGUGAGAGAGAAUGGGAAAAGAAAUGAAGAGUAUGCGUUAUUGGCGAAGAUUCCACAGCUGGCGGAAGAUUGACGUCGAAUCGUUCACCUGUUUGGGUCACCAGAAGAUAUACCUGUUGCCAGGCAUUUUUUCACUUUGACGUAUCUACGACACUGUUCUUCAAUGACUUGCUGAUAUUACGACAAAGCCAUACCCAUAUUCCUUGCAUUUAGCAUCUUACCUGAUAUCGAGGAAAACAGGAAACCUUACGUUUCGGAUCCGUACAUGCUGUGGUAGUACAUACGAGGUACCGCAAGACAAGAUCCUCUCAGAGAAGCUCAGUACUUGAUGAUUCCGCACCAGCGUCCAACGGAG